AUUGCAACGCCUCUUCGUGGAGGUCGUCCUCACCGUCCUCCUCCUCGUCGCGGAGGCCGCCGGCGAUGCCGAUCUGGACACAAGAGCCUGCCGCGGCCUGAUGCGCGGCCGCUACACCCGCGUCUUUGCAUUCGGCGACUCCCUAACGGACACCGGGAACUCGGCCAUCUUCCCGCCAACCGCCGGGGGCACCUUCACCCAGCUGCCGUACGGGGAGACCUACUUCGGCCAUCCCAGCGGCCGGGCCUCCGACGGCCGGAUCAUCACCGACUUCCUCGUGGAGAAGCUGAAGGUGCCACUGCCAACGCCGUACCUCGCCGGCAGGACGGCCGCUGACUUUCUCAACGGAUCAAACUUCGCCUUCGGCGCUGCGACGGCGCUUGAGCCGGCGUUCCUAGAGACCAGGGGGUUAACGGCGUUCGUGCCGGUUUCUCUCAGUAACGAGACGACGUUCUUCGAGGAUGUCCUGCAGCUGCUUAGCUCCUCACACCACGAGCAGCUCAGUAUCACGGCGAGCUCAGUCUUCUUUUUCGGAGAGAUGGGGAUCAACGACUACUUCCUCUCCCUCAGCAGCAACCGCACCGUUGACGAAACGGCGAGCUUGGUCCCGCACGUCGUCGGCGCCAUCCGCUCAGCUCUCACCGCCGUGCUCGCCGCCGGCGCGAGGGCGGUGGUGGCCACAGGGAUGCCGCCGUUAGGCUGCGCGCCGUACCAGCUCGCCCUGUUCCCGGGCGCGCCGGGCGACUACGACCGCGUCACCGGCUGCAACACUCGGCUCAACGGGAUCGCCGAGCUGCACAACCGCGAGCUGAGGCGGACGCUCGACGAGAUCCGGCGCGCCCACCCGGGCAGGUCCUUCCUCUACGGCGACAUCUACAGUCCCAUCGUCAGCGCCGUCACCUCGCCGGCCAGAUACGGCUUGAGCGACGCCCCGUUGGCCGCGUGCUGCGGGGGCGGCGGCGGCCCCUACAACUACAACUUCACGACGUUCUGCGGCUUGCCGGGGUCGACGGCGUGCGCCGACCCGUCCAAGUCCAUCUCGUGGGAUGGGAUCCACUUCACCGAGGCAGCGAACAGGCUCAUGGCCAGUGCCAUACUAAGUGGACAGUGAGAACACACACACAAUUUGGCGUGCCAGCAGCUGUACCAUCCCACGAUCGG